AGGGGGUGAUGUCCCUAAAACCGCCUACUUGUCACUGGAUAGAUACCUAUACAUACCCAGGUACUGACCUGUGUAUUCUGACGGCUAAUGUUACCAGUCGUUUUCAGUAAGUCGCUGAAACAUGCUAGAAUUUUUUUCACUAUCAAAAUACAUUUUAAAUUGCAGGGAAAUGAAAGACACAGCAAAUAGUUUGAGGAAAAACAACACUCACAUUAAAGGUGUUAUUAAACGAUUGCCUGUGUGCCAAUACUUUACAUAGAGCUUGGGGUUAUAUUAACUAAAACGUAACCCUCCCACUCAGCCAGAUUUCAGGGACAUGUCUAAUAACUAUUUUAUUUAGAUGGAGGGGCAAGACCGUGCAGCCAUCUGUGAUUUACACAAGCUUCUCUCUAUCCAGCCACGCAACCAUCAGCUGGGGGGCGGAAAAGUCGCUAUUUUGAACUGACGUGACUUUUUUCCGAGUCGGUGCCGCUGUAUUUUUAGACGGAUCUGCCUGGGCAUGUCAGGAUUAGCCCAGGCAUGCCUCAUGCCCCUACCCCUGCCCUCCGAUCGCGCUUAGCCGGCACCGGACAGUCGGGCGGGAUCAGCCCCGGAAGCGCCUUAAGUAGCCGGGGCUUUUCACUUAAAUACCUGCGCGGUUUUGCUGCUGUCAUCUCGGAGGGCAGGAUUCAAGCGAAACCAGGGCUUGUCUAUUACCAUGUGCAGGAUCAUGCCCAUCCACAAGCCAGUCCUGGAAGCACUGCGCACCGGCCCAGUCCGCCGGAACCUUUUUGGCGAGGUCGAUCAUGAGCAGAUGAAGAAAGAUCACGAGGAUCUCCUGCAGGACGACCUGAAGGACAAGACAUGCCGCUGGGGGUUCGACUUUGUGGGAGAUGUGCCACUGGAAAACAACAACUUCCAGUGGGAGGCGGUGCCCGAGGAUCAGGUCCCAGCUCUCUACCGCCCCUCUGUGGUCCGUCAAGGCGUGGCAGGGAAGCUUGGCGCGGUCAUGGAGAAUCUGGAAGAGGAAACUGAGGAUGACUUUGAGAGCGCCUCCUGUACUUCGGAAAAAUGCAGCGUUGCAGCUCAGAAUGUAGAGAGGAUGUCGGAGACAAAGCAGAAGGAUACGGUGAAGAGGAAGCAGACCAACAUCACAGAUUAUUACCCGGCCAAGAGAAGAGCAGUGAAAACGGCACGCAAGUCAGGCCAGUGAACAUCACUGCUUCGCCAAAUGCCAAGGAGCUGCAGAAAGGCAGAGUUUCUGCCAGGACAGCAGACAGGAGGCGACACAUACAUGCGCAUGCAAUUUGCCAGGAGGGGGACAUCGAAUACUUUGUUUAAAAACCUCUUGGAAAUGCUGGAGUCAAACCCCAAAGCCUGGAUUCCUUAGCAUUGAUAAAUUCUGCCAGAAACUGGUGGACAUCUGACAGCUAAGCUGUUGUAGCAACAAUCAAGAGCAACAAUUAAUGAGUUAAUCAUGAGUGUAAUUUCUGGCAAAUUUGAGUGUCUGUAACUACUAAUUUUUAUUUAUUUGUCAAAUUCAGAUAUUAUUAUUAUUAUUAAUAAUAUUGUUAUUAUUAAGAGGGGCGUAAGAGGUGAAAUUUAGUUGAUGCAAUAAUUUCCAAGAAAAAUUGAAUAACACUACAGAAUGUGAUUUUAUUUUAUUCAAAUUCAGUUUUUUGACCUUUGUAUGGAUUUUCUGAGCCUUAUAAUUAGGAACUGUGCUCCUUUUCCAAGCUGUUUAGAACGAUCCUCGAAGAGUUUUCCUGCUUGUACAGUGAGGCAGGCGCAGCAUAUAAAUGGAUCCUCGUAUCCCCUCCCGGGGUAUUUGUAUCUCCUUGAAACCUGCCUCAAUGUUAAUGUGCGGUGAGAUUUGGGAGGGGGAGCUGCGUUGGUGAUGAUGCACAGGAUGUUCUUAGGAGGGUAGCGGACCGGAGGCAAAAUGGGAAACUGGCACUUAGCUCUUUUUGUUUGACAUCUCAAAUAUGAGGUGGUGAAACCAGGAGUUUUUUUACAUACCUCUUAGUACUGCUUCUUUGGUUAAACUUGAGGAAUCUCCUGAACUUUCAUUAUUAAUGAUGAUGCUGACAGGAUUGCACAUGACUGUAUGCGACUGAGAGUAUCUACAAUACUGACCAUUAAAGCCAAAUGCCAAAGAUUCAGCUUGUAUGGUACUCAUCUACGAUAUUUAUAUAUUUAGCAAAUGUUUUUGUCAAAAGUGACAAACAAGUGAGGUAGAUUGUACAUAAUGUAUUAGCAUGCCUGUAAGACUAUAUUACAAGGAUAUUCCCUAACACUCUUUUUUUAUUAUUAAAGUUAAAUCCAUUUGCACAAACUGGCUACACCCAUAUAAUGAAUGAUGGACGUCAUGCAGUAUGUUCAGUGUUACGUGUUUUCAAAAAAUUCCCUUUGAUGUCAUAGUAAAUGCCCUUAAAUGCAUAUAUAUAUAUAUAUCCUUUAUUUAUUGUUAAAUCGGUGCAUUUUUGUUGUCUGAUGUGUGAAUGAAUAAAUAUUCCUUACAGAUUAA